AUGCUGACCACCUCGGACUUGGCUAGGCACAUCUUCUGUUUACCUUGUGCAGAAAGUCUCGGUCUGUCUCGACGACCACAGCAGAACCGGACCUGUCCAGCGUGUCAAGCGAAUCUGCCCAACCCGGACGACGUUGUUUCAACGACACUUAACCCUACAGAAGAUUACAAGACAAGCGUGCUCAGUGGCUUGGACCCAACAACCAUUAUAGAAUGCGCCGGACGAGCGCUUUCUUUCUGGGCUUAUCAGACGACUCAAGAAAUAUGCUACCAAGAAUAUCUGAGCAAAGGGCUCACGGAAAAAUACAGCACGCUGAACACCGAGAAAGAAAAAGUGAUCAACAGUGCCAAUACCGAGAUACUAGGUCUCCAGGGCAAGAUUGCCGACAUGCAAUUGACCCAAGACCAACUACAAAAGAAAAUCGAAGAGCUCAGUUCUCUGUAUCAAGACAAGUGCAAAAAGCACACACAAAUGACAAAUCUGUACAAUCUUCUGAAAAGUCAAGCCAUGCGUUCGCAAAUCCAGACUGCGGCAUCAGACUCGGUAUCUCAAACCCUGAAAUCACUGCCUCAUGCGAGCGCUGCGCGACCUGGAGGACCGAUGAUGCCACAGACAGCGAUGGCCGCCUCACGACAUUUCAAUGCUUUGUCUUCAACCGAGAAGCCACCUAUAAGAAAUAUUAUACAAAACAGAGAGACUUACAUUAAUUGA